AUGCCGGCUCUCCCUCUUCAUCUCUCUCACUGGUUCAUGCACGACGCAGAGAAGCAGGAAGUGGAAGAUAGAGCAACGGCGGCGGAGGUGAAAGGCAGCGGUGGUGCUGAGGUUUGUGCUAACUGUGUGCAUGCUUACUCCACGAGCACUGGUUUUGUUCAAAUCAUAGCUAUAGCAUUGCCUGCAUUCUGGGGAGUGAAAAUUUUAAGAAUGAAACGAAAUUUUGAGUUCGAUGCAUCUAAUGAAGUGCAUUCAUUUCUGGUAACAUUGUUGGAGGACGGUGUCUUGAUAGGCUGCUCCCUCAACCAUACCGCAGCUGACGGUGAGUCCUUCUGGCACUUCUUCAACUCCUGGUCCGAGCUCAAUGCCGGCCAUGAAACCAUAUUGCGACCGCCAUUGAUGGAGCGAGCCCAGAUCCCCAAGGAGCUCCGCCAAGUCCACUUCCCACUGUCUGAACACCUCAUUGAGAGGCUCAAACUUCCAGCAGUCCGAGAAAGAAUCUUGUGCUUCAGUGCCCAAGCCAUAUCCCGGAUCAAGGCCAAGGCCAACGAGCGCUCGAAGCUGCGGAGGGGUGAGAUCUCGUCGUUGCAGGCACUUGUUGGGCUCAUGUGGCGGACCAUAACAUGGGCCCGGAAGCGCCAGGCCGACCAGAUCACUGCCUGCAAGGUUGCAGCCGGGCUUCGAAAGAGGCUGGACCCAACUUUGCCCCGGGAGUACUUCGUCAGUUGCAUGCUAUUCUUGUCGACGGAGGCCAAGGUGGGUGAGCUGCUUGGGCAGGACAUGGGUUGGGCAGCCCGGGCGCUGCACGAGACCGUGUUGGGGGAAACAGCCAACAUGGGUCGGCAGUGGCUCAUGAACAUACAAUUGUAUGAUGUGAAUGGGUUUGAAUCGAAUGAUGUUAUGGUGGCCAGCUCCCCAUGGUUGGAGAUGUAUGGGAGCGACUUUGGGUGGGGGAAAGGGUUGGCAGUGCUCAGAGGGAGUGCCAAUAAGUUUGAUGGUAGAAUUUCAGUCUUCCUCAGAAAAGGUGAGGGUGGCAGCAUGGAUCUGGAAGUCUGCCUUCUCCCUCAUGUUAUGCCUGCCCUGGAGUUGGAUGAAGAAUUAUUGGAUGCGCUCCUUCCUUCUUAUUGA